AAGGAGGAAGAGGAGGAGGAGGAGGGGGAGGAAGAGGAGAAAGGCGCAGGGGUGGGAGCUGUUGCCGAAGCUGCCACAGCAAAAGUUCUCCCCCCUCCCCCCUUCCCCUCCUCUUAAGGCCCCUAGAAAGGUUGAAGCUGCCGCCGUCUGCAAUCGGUGACCGCGCGACUCGGCACCCGCCCGCGGAUAGAGGGAGGAAUCAACAGCUUGGAAAUUCGGCCAAGUGAUCUGGCGGGAUGGGCAUUUGCCUGACCUAUUUUGUAGAGGAAUUGGAUGGCAUAAGUGAUUGAAGUGGUAUUGAGGGUCUCUGAAGCCUAUGAAAGGUAGAAACUCAACCAUGAUUUCUUUUUCAACUCUACAGCAUUCCCUUCCUUGAAGUCUUCAUUUUUACGUUAGUCUCAGGCAGUUAUACUUAAGCAUGAACAUUGACGACAAACUGGAAGGAUUAUUUCUUAAAUGUGGCGACAUAGACGAAAUGCAGUCUUCCAGGGCAAUGGUUGUAAUGGGUGGAGUGUCUGGCCAGUCUACUGUGUCUGGAGAGCUGCAGGAGUCAGUUCUUCAAGAUCGGAGUAUGCCUCACCAGGAGAUCCUUGCUGCAGAUGAAGUGUUACAAGAAAGUGAAAUGAGACAACAGGAUAUGAUAUCACAUGAUGAACUCAUGGUCCAUGAGGAGACAGUGAAAAAUGAUGAAGAGCAGAUGGAGACACAUGAAAGACUUCCUCAAGGACUACAGUAUGCACUUAAUGUCCCUAUAAGUGUAAAGCAGGAAAUUACUUUUACUGAUGUAUCUGAGCAACUGAUGAGAGACAAAAAACAAAUCAGAGAGCCAGUAGACUUACAGAAAAAGAAGAAACGGAAACAACGUUCUCCUGCAAAAAUCCUUACAAUAAAUGAGGAUGGAUCACUUGGUUUGAAAACCCCUAAAUCUCACGUUUGUGAGCACUGCAAUGCUGCCUUUAGAACGAACUAUCACUUACAGAGACAUGUCUUCAUUCAUACAGGUGAAAAACCAUUUCAAUGUAGUCAAUGUGACAUGCGUUUCAUACAGAAGUACCUGCUACAGAGACAUGAGAAGAUUCAUACUGGUGAAAAACCAUUUCGCUGUGAUGAAUGUGGUAUGAGAUUCAUUCAAAAAUACCAUAUGGAAAGGCAUAAGAGAACUCAUAGUGGAGAAAAACCCUACCAGUGUGAAUACUGUUUACAGUAUUUUUCCAGAACAGAUCGUGUACUGAAACAUAAACGUAUGUGCCAUGAAAAUCAUGACAAAAAACUAAACAGAUGUGCCAUCAAAGGUGGCCUUCUGACAUCCGAGGAAGAUUCUGGCUUUUCUACAUCACCAAAAGAUAACUCACUGCCAAAAAAGAAAAGGCAGAAAACUGAGAAAAAAUCAUCUGGGAUGGACAAAGAGAGUUCUUUGGACAAAUCUGACCUGAAGAAAGACAAAAAUGAUUACUUGCCUCUUUACUCUUCAAGUACUAAAGUAAAAGAUGAGUAUAUGGUAGCAGAGUAUGCUGUUGAAAUGCCGCAUUCUUCAGUUGGGGGAUCGCAUUUAGAAGAUGCAUCAGGAGAAAUACAUCCACCUAAGUUGGUUCUCAAAAAAAUUAAUAGUAAGAGAAGUCUGAAACAGCCAUUGGAGCAAAAUCAAACAAUUUCACCUUUAUCCACAUAUGAAGAGAGCAAAGUUUCAAAGUAUGCUUUUGAACUUGUGGACAAACAAGCUUUACUGGACUCAGAAGGCAAUGCUGACAUUGACCAGGUUGACAAUUUGCAAGAGGGGCCUAGUAAACCUGUGCACAGUAGCACUAAUUAUGAUGAUGCCAUGCAGUUUUUGAAGAAGAAGCGAUAUCUUCAGGCAGCAAGUAACAAUAGUAGGGAGUAUGCGCUGAAUGUGGGUACCAUAGCUUCUCAGCCUUCUGUAACACAGGCAGCUGUGGCAAGUGUCAUUGAUGAGAGUACCACAGCAUCCAUAUUAGAUUCACAGGCACUGAAUGUGGAGAUAAAGAGUAAUCAUGACAAAAAUGUUAUUCCAGAUGAGGUACUGCAGACUCUGCUGGAUCAUUAUUCUCAUAAAGCUAAUGGACAACAUGAGAUAUCAUUCAGUGUUGCGGACACUGAGGUGACUUCUAGCAUAUCAAUAAAUUCUUCCGAAGUACCUGAGGUUACCCAGUCGGAGAAUGUUGGAUCAAGCUCCCAAGCAUCCUCAUCAGAUAAAGCCAACAUGUUGCAGGAAUACUCAAAGUUUCUGCAGCAGGCUUUGGACAGAACUAGCCAAAAUGAUGCCUAUUUGAAUAGCCCAAGCCUUAACUUUGUGACCGAUAACCAGACCCUUCCAAAUCAGCCAGCAUUCUCUUCCAUAGACAAGCAAGUCUAUGCAGCCAUGCCCAUCAAUAGCUUUCGAUCAGGAAUGAAUUCUCCACUAAGAACAACUCCAGAUAAGUCCCACUUUGGACUAAUAGUUGGUGAUUCACAGCACUCAUUUCCCUUUUCAGGUGAUGAGACAAACCAUGCUUCUGCCACAUCAACACAGGACUUUUUGGAUCAAGUGACUUCUCAGAAGAAAGCUGAGGCUCAGCCUGUCCACCAAGCUUACCAAAUGAGCUCUUUUGAACAACCCUUCCGUGCUCCAUAUCAUGGAUCCAGAGCUGGAAUAGCUACUCAGUUUAGCACUGCCAAUGGACAGGUGAACCUUCGGGGACCAGGGACAAGUGCUGAAUUUCCAGAAUUUCCCUUGGUGAAUGUAAAUGAUAAUAGAGCUGGGAUGACAUCCUCACCUGAUGCCACAACUGGCCAGACUUUUGGCUAAAAAAAAUGUGUAAAUAAUACUGGCACUUUAGAACAGAUUAAUCAAGAGUGGGGUUACUCUGUGAAAAAUGGAGUGCUGUACAGAUUUAAGAGCAAUGCGUUAAAACAAGUUAAGCUGAUAUGAAUAGCAAGAUAAUCCAAUAACUGCAUUUUGUUUGGUUAGUCAGCAUUCUUU